CCUGCCUCCUGCCUCACAGAAGCAGAGCCAUGUGGCCCACACUCCUCAGCCUCCUGAGUCUCGGAUUCUGUGUGAGUCUGAGGAUCUGGGCAGCUGUGGGUGAAUAUGACAAGCCCUCUUUGUCAGCCUGGCCAAGCCCCGUGGUUCCCUUAGGACAGACUGUGACUCUCCGGUGUCACUUCCGUUCUCCACUUAAGAGAUUCAGACUGUUCAAAACAGAUGGGACCAGUUUGUCUGCCCUCCGGGGAAAUCAUUUCAACAACUUCACCCUUGGCCCGGUGACCGGAGAACAUGCUGGGUCCUACAUGUGUUCUGGAUUCUCCAGGCUUCUCCCUCUGUUUUCCAGAAAGAGUGACCCCCUGCAGAUUGUGGUCACAGGUGUGUUCACAAAACCUGCCAUCUCAGCCCACCCAGGCUCCCUCGUGCAGGUGGGAAGGAAUGUGACCCUUCGCUGUCAAUCAGAGCUGUUGUUUGACAAGUUUAUCCUGCACCAGGAAAAAAGCACAGGGAAUUUCCGGACACGUGGAGAGACGUUCAUGGGCGGGCAUGCCCCAGCUGACUUCUCCAUUGGCCCCAUGACCUCGGGGAGUGCGGGCACCUACCGAUGCUAUGGCUCUCUCAGCCGCUCCCCCUAUGAGUGGUCAGCCCCCAGCGACCCCGUGGACAUCGUCAUCACAGGUCUGUUCAAGAAACCCUCUCUCUCAGCCCAGGGGGGCCCCGUGGUGAGGUCAGGAGAGAACAUGACCUUGCUCUGCAGCUCCGAGCGCACCUUUGACCAGUUCCAUCUGCUCAGGGAGGGGGAGAACCUUGGGCGCCCGCUCACUGGACGGCGGGGCCCCCGCGGAGCACUCCAGGCUGAGUUCCCUCUGGGUCCUGGGACCCCAGCCCACAGCGGGGCCUACAGGUGCUACGGCUCCUUCACUCGCUCUCCCUACACGUGGUCAGACGCCAGCGACC